UGUCGGGAUGAUGGGGAAGAAAAGUUGCCAGACUCGAGUACAGUACUGGUAGAAUAUCCGAAUGUCAGGCAUCAACACGGUGAAAAAUAAAGAGGGAUGGCUUAUUUAAAGAGGCGAAAGACGCCUAACUAGGACGAAUGAGGCUCCCGUUUUCCGUCCCCAAACUGAUGUUGGUGGCGGCUUACAACGAGCUCGCAUCCCUCUGACGGCUCAUGGAUGUUGAAAACCGCCACGAAAAACAUUUGAAUUUAUGUCUGGUAAAUUUUGUCAAGCCGAUGAGUUUAGUCAUGGAUGAUCAUUUAUCACAGCCUCAUCAAUGCAGCACUGCUAAGAGGGUGUCGACCAAAAGCAAAGCCCCAUCCCCGCCGGGACUGAAGAAUUUGGAUUCCUCGGAUUUCUCCCAGUGGUAUCCAGGAAACGCUCAUUUCACCAUGGACCACAAGGAGAAACUCGUUGAUAAAGACCUCUCCUUAGUGGUUGUUUUGCCGGAUGGUGUGGAAAAGAUGACCACUGUUCAUGGGAGUAAGCCUCUAAUGGAUUUGUUAGUGACGCUCUGCGCAAGGUAUCGCCUCAACCCGUCAAGUUACACUUUGGAACUGAUCACGGCAGGCUGUCACAACGUCAAACUGAAGCCCAGCGCUCUCAUUGGAACCUUGGAUGCAGAGAAGAUCUUACUUAAACCUAAAGGCGAUGAUAAAAAUAAGAAGACCGGUCCUCAAAAGCCUGAGCCCACUGUACGGAUGGUAAUUAACUACAAGAAGACCCAGAAAACUAUUUUAAGAGUGAAUCCUCAGGUUCCCUUGACUGAACUCUUACCUGCAAUAUCUGAGAAAUGUGAAUUUGCAGAGUCAACAACAAUUCUGUUGAAAGAUGUGCAUUCACUGGCCCCUUUGGACUUGUCCUGCUCCCUAAAUGAUUAUGCAAUCAGGGAGGUUUAUGCAAGAGACACAAGAGGACACACUGACCUUCCUGCGGGUCCAGCCUCACCCACACAUGCAGUGGCAGUGAUGCCUGGAAAAGAUAAAAAUCAGAAAGAAAAAGAAAACAAAGGCCUCUUCAGCAAGUUUGGAAAAAGCAAGAAAACAUCUGAACAGGCCACGACGGCCAGUGCCCCGGCUUCUCCAGUGCUCGUGAGCAAGCCUCGACCACUCAGCGUGGCCUUGCCCAGCUCCUGCUCACCUCCACAUAUGUCGUCAACAUCGCCUGUCGGUGACGUGCCCAAGAAGAGACGGGCACCACAGCCCCCCAUCCUUGUGUCACAGAGGUGCCACGCGGACAUCAGCACCCGUCAGAGGCUCUACUCUGAACCUACUAUCCCAGUGGACUGUGAGGUUUCUGGUUUAAGUCGCGGCUCCUCUGCAGAGUCUUCACUGAAGAGAACCAAGCGCAAGGCACCUCCACCGCCAACAUCCCCGUGUGGUGCUGUCCCUGAAACAGUUCCUUCUCAAGAGAACGCGCAAGGUGCUAAAACACUGGAGGAAAUUAUGGAGGAGACGGCAGCAGCUGCAAGAGAAGACCCCAUUGUCAGCUCAAUGUCUGACAAAGGCCGUGGGGAAGAUCAGUCUUGUGAUCUAUCCUCAGAUGGCAAUCAGCCACAGAGCACCAAGAAUGAUUCAGCAAUUCAGACCGAUGAGUGUGUGCCUCCUGCCCCAGACUCAUCUCAACUGCAGGAAAGUGUCUUGUGUCAAGUUGAAAGCGAGCUCUGCCAGUCCACGUGUGAAGACCCUGCAAGCAAGAGUGUGAAAGACAACCAAGGGGAUGCAUCAAGUGACCUCCAGCAAGAUGCAGACAGAUCUCGGGCUGAUUCUGUUCUGGAAAACACCACCACCCCCCAGGGGGAGUCGGUCAGCUCAGAGAGCUGGGAGAUUAUCGGCACAUCCCGCCCCGCUGGCGAGGACGCUCAGGUGCAAACAGAUUUCACACCCCUACCGGAGCUGCCACAUCAACAAGAACUGCCCUCUGUCAAGGAGGCUGCUUUGGAGUCCGCGGACAGCAAGAGGAAGGAUAUCUCCACUUCAACAGAUGAGCCGCAACCCGCAGACCUCAAAUGUAUCCAAGCCUCAGAGACGUCGACACCACUUGUUGCCCCGAAAGCUGCGUCGAACGGUGCCUCGCACCCUGAGCCAAAGCCGAAGCCUUCCAACGAGUUAACCAGGGACUACAUCCCCAAGGUGGGGAUGACGACAUACACCAUCGUGCCUCCGAAAUCGAACGAGAAGCUGAGGUACUUUGAAGUCGCACUGACACUGGAGACGCCCCCCGUUGCCACGGAAGAUGCAGGCGAGCGCUUGAAUACACCCAGGGAAGAAAUACUGAGCAGCACUACUACUUCCGCAAGAAACACUGUCAAUGGAUGCCUGGCUGAAGCCACUCACGCCUCAUCACACAGCACCUCGCCUCAAGCAGAUCACAGCUUCUGCUCCUCACAAGCAGGUUCUCCAGGAGAGGUCAAGGCAACUAAAGUUCCGCCCGCAACUAAACCAAAGCCAGGAUCUUUCCGCUUGUCAAAGCACAAAAAGACACCUGGGUAUUAUGUAACUUCGGCUGCAGAGAAGAGUCCCACUGCCAGUCCCUCUUCUGGCCACAUGGGGGACCAAGUAGACCGAGCAAUGUUGCUACCGCCUCCUCCUGCUCCUCCUGCGACUGAUGUUCACCCGAGCCCUAAAAGGGACGACACACGAGUCACGCGUAUGACAAGGCAGAGCAGUCUGUCGGCCAAAGAGCCGAGCUUUGGGUUAAGCGUGGAGAAGCUGAGGAGCUUUGCAGCCCCCAGGCCUUAUUCCCCCUCCACACCGUCCCGCUUUGCCCAGGCGGUGUCCUCGGCCGUGAAGCGGAGCCACUCUCUGCCCCACAGCCCCAAAUCACCCAGCUCUCCGGUGACACCUUGUUCUCCUGCUGUAAAUCGCUAUUCAGUCAUCGAGCAAAGUACAGUUUUGAAGUUCAAGGUUGAUGAGAAGAUCGGGGUGGUGAAUGACAAAGAUUCUCUGCCAGGAGUCGAACAACAACCAGUGUCAUCGAGUGAACUUUUUCAGAUAGAUGGAAGGAGACAGUCACCCAUAGCAGUGCCUUAUGAUGAAAUAUGAUCUACUGAGGAGAACAUCCAGUUGUUUUUGUUUCCUGAAACCAUUUUGGCACAAGAAGCUUUUUUUUUUUUUUUUUUAAUAAUUAAAUAAACCUCUUGUUUGGCAGUGUACAUAGAUUUAAUGUAUUUUUGAUAAUUGCUGUAUUUUGGUUUAAUUGUUCACAUUUCAUUAAUGGCUUCAGUUGACAUGCAUAAUUUAAUAUAUGUCUUAUUUUGUGCAAUGCGCUGUCUUGCAUUAAAUGCAUUACUGUUUUACCUGGCCCAGGAUAUUAAGUAAGAGCAAUUCUAUAAAUUAUAAAGAUGGUUUUCAGAGUUGUAAUAAUAUUGGUAUAUUAUGGUUUAUUUAGAAUAGUAUCUAAAUGUUGAUUUAUGAGUUGGUAAAGACCAGGUUUGACUUGUGGUACUAAAUGCCCCUCGUUUGCAUUGUUUAUAUUAAAAUGUAUCAGUUUCAUAAAGCCGUGUGCAAAUGUUGAAUAAACCUGAACUACUCACGUUGUUGUAGUAAACAAUAAAGCUUUUAUCAUUUCAA